AGUUAAAUCACAACAACUAAUAGAUACUUGUAUCAUUACAUACAAUGGUUCGCUUCUCGACGAUAUUCAUCCACGCAGCAUUGGCAGCAUUGGUAGCAUUGGCUUGUCCAGCUGAUGCAGCUGCUUUAAAGGUGGAAGAACAACUGCAACUUCUACAAACGAAAGUGAAUCAACUUGAGGCUCAAGUUCAACAACAUGAAAUGUUGGCGGAAAAAUUUGAUAGGCUGGAACGUGUUCUGGAAGAAAUGCAGAACGAACGAAAAACCAGUUCCAGUUGGGCGUCUGUAAGCCCCGUACACGCCGCCAUCCCAAGAACAUGCAGAGAGGCUCAGUUCGGUGAUCCAACACUCAGCUCCUGAAUGUACUGGAUCGAUCCUGAUGGCCAAGGAAUUGGCGAUAGCCCCAUUUACGUCUACUGCGAUAUGACU